UGGGCGAACGGUCGUCGUACGGACUAGAGGGUCCCCUCGUGCAAACCUAGCGGAGCGUGGACUCUCCCUUUCACGUCUCUCACCUCCCGUCUCGCAUGCCGCUGCCGGUUCGCUUUUGAUGCGGUGCUUCAGCGUGAGGUGUGUGCAGCAGCAUGUGACGUGUAGCCUCGGUUGAGCAGCAACUGCGCCAGUCCCAAGUUGUGGGAACCGGUGCGAAGCAUCUCCAAGCUACCGCAGCCUGUAGGGGUCGAGAAGAUGCAGUCGGCCGUGGAGAAGGCCCAGGAAGUCAUGGAGGAGCAGGGCAGAGAGGUGGACGCAGCGGGCGCCGGCGCUGAGGCGGAGAAGCAGUCGACGGCGGAUGCGGAUGCCAUCCUCCCCGAGGAGGCGGUGACGAAGGGCAAUGGCAAGAUCGGUGGAGAGGCGGGCGAAGGUGGCGCUGUUGUGGAGGCGGAGAACGGAGUGGCGGGCUUGGAGAAGGCGGUAGCGGCGGCGUCGACGGAUUGGGACAAUGCGCCUGCGGUCGGGUGGGCGAGCGCGGAGGCUCCCGAGGGCGCGGAGGGUGGCGGUCCGGGGGCGGAGGCAUUGGCAGGUGCGGAGUCUGGCGUUGUGGGUGGCGCUCCCGCGGAGAAGGCACCGCUGCAGGUGUACAACUUCUACAUGGUGAGGGUCCCCAGACCCGCGGACAAGCAAGGGAGGGUUGAGAUAUCGUCGGCCGAGCAGCAGUUGCAGGACAAGACGGAUGCACGCAACGCGCACAACAGCACGGUGCAGGCUGCGAGGGUGAAGCGGAACGAGGCGUUCGAGAGGCUGAAGGCGGCCCGGCAGGUGGAGCGGGACUGGUUGACGCAGGUGCGCGCGAAGCAGGAGGAGAUGAAGCCGCUGAGGGACAGCCUGCGGAAGUUGAGGGAGGCGGGGCGGGAGGUGCGAGAGAAGAGCCGGGACAUGCCAACGUCGGAGGAGGAGCUGGACCACAGGGUGGCGUCUCUGGAGUGGAGGAUCCAGCACGAGAGCAUCCCGUUGAAGGAGGAGAAGCAGCUGAUGAGGGAGAUCAAGGCGCUGCAGGCAUCGCGUGAGGCGGUGCGCGCGAACGCGUCCCUGUUCGCGCAAGUGCAGGACGCUCUGGGGCAGCGGGACGAGCUGGAGGGCGCGCUGAAGCCAUUGGACGCGUAUAACAAGAAGCUGGACGUGGAGUUUGCACCACCAAACAUAAAUGCUCUUCAUUCAACCACAACCACAGGCGAAAAAGAAAAGUUCAUUGCAUAA